AUGGCCUGUCCUAUGAGAUCAGCGUUAGAAGAUAUAGGACAAGAUGGCAGCCAUCUUGGGAAUGAGGCUGGUAUGUUAUAUGGAGAAUAUCUGAUGUUGGACAAACUACUCGACGCUCAACGAAUGCUGAGCGCUGAAACUUCAAAACCGGUGCACGACGAGCAUCUUUUUAUUGUGACACACCAAGCAUACGAACUAUGGUUCAAGCAAAUAAUCUUCGAGGUGGACUCCAUCAGGUCAAUGCUGAACGUUGAAGGUUUGGAUGAGAGUCACACAAUGGAGAUUCUCAAGAGGCUGAACAGAGUAGUGUUAAUUCUUAAGCUACUGGUAGACCAAGUGAUGAUAUUGGAAACUAUGACACCUCUGGACUUUAUGGACUUCAGGCAAUAUCUGCGUCCUGCAUCGGGUUUUCAAAGUUUACAAUUCAGACUUCUUGAGAACAAGCUGGGUCUAAAGCAAGCCCUCCGUGUUAAAUAUAAUCAAAACUAUCAAACGGUUUUUGGAGAUGAUCCUGAAGCAAUGGAGGCUUUAAAAAAGUCUGAAGAUGAACCAGCACUCCUCGCUCUAAUCGAACGAUGGCUAGAACGAACACCUGGACUUAACACAGAAGGAUUCAACUUCUGGGGAAAGUUUCAAGCUGUGGUGGGGAAAGUAUUAGCUGAAGAUAUAGAAGAAGCUAUGCAAGAACCUCACGAAGAAGUCCGUCGUCAUCGGCUGCAAGAUAUUGAAAAUCGUCGCGAGAUCUAUCGUUCCAUAUUUGACCCUGCUGUUCAUGAUGCUUUACGGUCAAGGGGGGAAAGACGGCUAUCGCACAAAGCGCUCCAAGGAGCGAUCAUGAUUACGUUCUACCGCGACGAGCCUCGUUUCUCCCAGCCUCAUCAGGUCCUCACUCUUCUAAUGGACAUGGAUAGUCUCAUCACUAAGUGGCGUUAUAAUCAUGUAAUAAUGGUUCAGCGUAUGAUAGGUUCUCAACAACUAGGGACUGGUGGCUCUUCUGGUUACCAGUAUUUACGAUCCACGUUGAGCGACCGUUACAAGGUGUUCCUGGAUCUCUUCAACUUAUCUACCUUCCUUCUGCCACGUUCACUCAUUCCACCUCUGGAUGACAAGAUGAAGCGGGAUCUCAAUCUCACUUGGGGCGAACCAACCAAGGAGAACGAGACGGAGCAACAAAAUGGAGAAAAUGGCGUUGAUCAUUAA